AUGACUCGACGAUCAACUCGGCAGAGAACUGAAGCAGAACACUCUCGACGCGACUCGGAAACCAGAUCAUCUGAGGACGACUCCUACGAAGUGGGGCUUUCGACUGGCUCGAAGCGCAAACGAGUUUCGGGGAGCGAAACAACCCCGACGCAGGUCUUUGGACACCUGGAUGUGGAAGGCCUCGUCAGUCUUCUACGGGUCUCUUGGAGUUUCCGAAACACGCUGCUCGAUCGGGAGUUCAGUCGAGAGAUCUGGGUGAAGGCCCUCGAGGAGGUCGUGCCAACAGUCCCACCUUGCCCCGAGGACCUGACAGAACCUGCGUAUGCCAUGCUACUCUUCGGGUACGAAUGUCAAUUCUGCCCCACUCGCAGUGCAAGAGGUACCCGUUUAUUGAUGACAUGGCGGAUGAGGGCUUGUUUCAAAUGUCUUGAGGGAAUGUUCUCAACCAAGGAGGAGCCGGCUCAUGAGCAAUGGCAUGAAAUCGUGCCCUUCUGGUCCCGUACUAGGACAGACAAAUCCGUCCUUGAUGAUGACGAUGGUGACUACUACGACGAGUGGGACAAAGACGGGGAAAACAAUACACGCCGACGAUAUCCGCACACAGGGGGUAGACUGGAAUGGUGCCAUACUGAACUACUCAGGGCUCGCCAAGAAGAGUUCGAAAACGUUCCCGACGGUGAGAAGGAGGCCUGGAAGGAGCGGAAGCGUGCCGAAUACGCAAUCAGGGAAGAACAUGCUCAAAAGGUCGAUGAAUUCAACGAAAGGCUUGUUGUUGGAAACUGGGCACUCCUGUUGCACAAGAUGGAGGACCUUGGUUUAGGCCCGUAUAUUGGGUUUCGGAGAGAUAGCGAGGAUCAGGAUCCCUCGGAUUGGUUGGUCAAUCACCAGAACACUACGUACUCGCACAGAUUCCUAUGCGCCAGGGUCGUCGAUGAUUUAUCGCAGCAGAGGAUUACCGACGCAGUCUGGGAAAGGUGGAAGGACCGCAUCAUCGAGGUUGCCCAAAAGCUGAAGAGGAUCGUCGAUGAAGAGCGACGCGAAGCGGAGUAUGAAAGAAGGUGGGCCCAUGUUCGCGACGCCUGUCGCAAGUAUCAUGCGUCGCAGCCCGUCAACGAGUUUCUGUUUGUCGCGGCCGACAUUGUCCUUCGACCGGAGAUCGACAUUGAUUACUUGCCCGACAACCCCCUCAACCAUGAUCCAGACGAUCCCCCGCGCCUUUUUUACGCUCUACGUCAUGGUCGCGAUUACCGAAUCGACAACACCGCACCGAUCGCGGACAUCUGCGCAACCUAUCGCGAGGAGAAGAAACAAUACUUGUGGGCGAUAGCGGCACCCAAAAUCAAGGAGGUUCUUGGCCUGUGCCGGGAACCGCCUAUCAUCUUCAUCGAGUCCGUCGUCGCAUUGUUCAUGUGCCGCCACUGUCCCGAUGCGUGUGCACUGCACUGGCUUCAAGCUAUUGGGCAUCACUGCCCCCUGCCCGACAAGAGCGAUGAUGAUCGUCGCGAAGAGUACACCGAAGAGGAUUGGGUCAUAGUCAAAAAUUCGAAGGUUCACCGCUGGAACACCCCAGAAGGCUCAAUCACCCUGAACGUGGAGGCUUGCCGACGGAUGAGCGACCUUCUUCCCGCGAUGGGACUCGAUUACUCUAUCUCAUUCUCUGACAUGGACCGCAUCGACCCCAUCUUUCGAUGCUUCCAUCUUUCCCCCCCUCAGCCGCAUCCGGGAAGGGCGUGGUCAACAAUUAAUUGUUGGUUGUUUCAAGGGACCAUGCUGGAUUGGAGACUGGCCGCGGCUGUUCAUUCUUGUGAGAUUCACAACCUUGAAGAAGUCGACGAGGAGACGGCCGAAUACGUUCGGGAUCGCAUGAAUGAAGCUCGGGCGAGGGACAGGAAGACCUGGUCGCUGGUGUGCGGCAGGUGCAAGUUCAAUCACAACGAUGGACGGAUGAUGGCGCAUCACGUACAACAAAAGUGUCACCCAAUGCCUUUCCCGGGAAUAGUACCGGGUUACGUCCGACACGACGGGGAAGUCACGCUUUUGAUGAACGUGGUAGAGGGAUGGCUGUACAAUCCUCCUAUGCGCGCCCCCUACCUGCAUCGCAUCAAGUAUGAGGGACCUUUGGGAUACCUGUGA